AUGGAGCAACCUCGUAAGCACCUCUCCCAUCCUCGCGCUUUCCUUCCCGCAUCGCUCACCUCCUCUACCUCUCUUUUCCUAUCGCUCCUCCUCCCGCCUAUCUGCUCUCCUUUGCGAAAACAUGUAGGAUCACAAAUCAGACGUCUCCGGCUGGUGGAAAAGCUGGAAGCCGAACGUCGACCUAGCGUGAUGACCAAGUUCGGUCCGGAUGUCACCCCGGAAUACCGUGCUGCGCUCAGAGCUCGGCCAGGCGCUUUUGGGACCGCCGACGCCGACGGGGUAACGAACUCAUCGAAUACCGCUAUCAUCCAAGCACAACCCACCCAAGCCCAAACCGACCUCCCUAUUCCAAUCUCCAAGUCGAACUUCGCACGAGACCGUGUUCCUUCCUCCUCCUAUCAUCAUCAUCAUCAUCAACAUACCUCGUCCACCCAAGCAAAUCCUCUUUCAUCACCAUCUCCACCUCCACCUCCAACUCAAACCUCGCCCUGGCCAUCUACCGUCCCGGAAUCACGAGUCUUGAACCAAGCCGUCAUGGCUUUCUCUCGACGUUUGGAACGGCUGGAAGGGAGUCAAGAUCGGCUGCAAGGGCGUCUUCUACAGUCGGUCGAGGCGACUGAUCGGAAGGAGAGGUCGGAUGAUGAGCGGAUGGUUCAGAGGACAAGGUUGGACGAGCAAGAUGAUCGGAGGAAGAAAACCGUUCCCCGCUUCAGGCUCAUACAGGUCGUCAGGCUAGACGUCCUCUUCGUCCUCGCCCUGACGUUCCUGCACUGGCCUCUCGCCUUGAUCCGAUGGAUCGACCAGCUCAAAGUCGUCAUGGUAGAGGAACUCGUAGAACCCUUUGCCAGGUGGUUGGUAGAGGACGAGGUCGAGUGA